CUGCUGAUAAGGUAAAGUGUUGGACACUAAACAUGACGUAGCACACUUUUAAUAGCCAAACUACAUAGUUUGCGGACCUUUCGUGUUGAGGUAUGACCCAGUCUAAUGAGGAGGAGGAGUUCAAGGUCAUCAAUGAUCAGCUAGCUUACCUCACUGAGGAGAUCGCAUAUCUAAAAGGGGAGGACAUAGCACUGAUAAAGAGGCUUAUCCAGCUUCACAUAAUGACAUCUCGACAAAAAAGAGAAGACGCCAGGAUCGCGGUACUAAUUGAAGAAGAAGAAGAGGACGAGGCGGACGGAGACGAUAGUGUGGAUAAUAUGAGAACAAGCUUCUCAAGUGACCCUGGCUUGUACAAGUAUGAGGAACCCAACGUGGAUGAUGUGGAACGCGAGGCACAAGUGAUGACCUCCACGCUGGUUAACAUCAUUACCAGAUCAGGCCCUCAUCCAGUUACUGUCAGGAAAACUCCUAAACAAACUACCCUUUAGUCCCUGGUACUAGAUACUGUGGUAUCAGAGUUCCACUGUCAACCAAAAUCGAAUAGAAUGUUUAAAAUGGUGAUAUUUUACUCAAGUUGGGUAUUAUCUCCUUCAUUAUAAUUAAUGGAAAAGUCGAAGAGCAUGGUGAAUAGAUAAAAUGGAAAUGAAAUGGCAGGUACUGGUGCAGUGAUUAUGAUCAGAUUCAAAGGAGCAGAAAACUUUAAAGUGAUGAAUACCCUCCAUUAAAUCGGCCUGUACCAAUCUCACUUAAUUGAUCGGUCUUUCUCUAUUCUGUAUUCCAAAGAGCACUGGUUUAUACAUUAUUAGGUAGGUACAAAUUCGUUUUCCCAAAUGAAAA